AUGGCUGUCGAGAGGUUGAACGGCUUGACGCGGGUCUGUACUGGGUAUCAGUACGAGAAGAUGGAGUUGGAGAACCCUCCGACUGAUACGUCGGAGUUGAUCUCGCUUCCAGUCAUGAGCUGGAAGCGCUUCGCAAAGGACCUCGAAGCAGAAGAGUUGAGGCAACUCUUCGCUGGAAGCGCCACUGAGAGUGAGGAUACUCUCAGUGCCAAGACGAAGAAGGAGCGCUUCGAGGAGCAGAGUUGGGACUCACUGAAGUCGAGUCCCUACCACGAGAUUCUGCGAGAGCUCAGGGACGUGCUCCCGGGCGAGAUCCCUGCGGACCUUCCGGAGGACAAGGGAAUACAGCACGAUAUUGAUCUCGUUCCGGGAACGAAGUAUUGUGUGACGCGGCAGUGGCCACUGCCGCGGGAGCAAGUGAAGGCAAUCGACGACUUCUUCGAAAGUCGUCGCAAGGCAGGACAAGUGCGGGAAUCGAAGUCCCCGCACAGCGCACCAACGUUCUGUGUCAAGACGAAGCAGGAACGCUUCAACGAGCAGAGUUGCAAGAUUCUGCGAGAGCACAUGGAUGUACUCUCGGACGGAACUCCCAAAGAUGUCAUCAUCGAUUCGAUGUCCAAGAGCACCAUCUAUAGUGCUCUUGAUCUGAGAGACGGGUUCUAUCAGAUCCUAAUGCAUGAGAGUGAUAUCCCUCUCACGGCGGUAAGCACUCCAAGCGGUAUGCUUUGGGAGUGGCUAGUUAUGCCUCAAGGACUGAAGAACGCCCCUGCGACCUUCAAUAGAUGCGUCACGCAUCCAUUGAGUUCGGUGCGCGACUUCGCACCGAGCUACUUCGUCGAUGUGUACGUUCACAGCCGGGCUGUGAACGAGAAGACGGACGUCGAGAUGGACAAGGAACGUCUCCAAGAACUGCUUGGGCUCAUGCGCAAGCACAAGCUCUAUGCGAACUUGAAGAAGUGCAUCUUCAGUGCGAGCGAGAUACCCGUGCUAGGGUGUCUCGUUGCGAAGAAUGGCGUACGCCCUGACCCCGAGAAGGUCAGAGUGAUCAAUGAAUGGUCUACACCAUUCAACGUGACGGAACUGCAGCAGUUCCUUGGCCUUGCCACGUACUUAUGCAAGUACGUGGACAACUACGCAGGCAAGAUUCGCCCGCUGUCGCAGCUCUUGAAGAAGGAAGCUACGUGGAAAUGGACUGCUGAGUGUCAGCAGGCUUUCGAUGCAGUCAAGCUGGGCUUGACUGAAGCGUCGAUCUUGGCGGUGGCCGACCAAGAUUGUCCCUUUCACGUAGUGUGUGACGCAUCCGAUUUUGCGAUC